CGGGUUCAUUUGCCCUGAAAAUCGCUGGCAGUUCUUCCUGUCUGUGGCACAACGACGGUUUUCAGCCACCGAGACAGGGAGUUUUUAAAAGUUCCCAAUGGAAGCGCGCUGCCAAAUACGGUCACACGCCCCCUCCUCACCUGCCGCCUCAGGACUCUGCAGAGGAUUGCGAGGAAGGCUGGGAUCGGAUGUUCCCCGCCUGUGGUCUGUGGGUGCCGGACGCCCAGCCGUCACCCCUGCUUCCCCUGACGCCCCGUUACCCGCCUUGUCACCACACAGCCACCUCUCGGGAGGGAUGGAUGCCAGAGACAAGCAAGUGCUCCGCUCACUGCGUCUGGAGCUGGGUGCGGAGGUACUGGUGGAUGGACUGGUUCUUCAGUACCUUUACCAGGAAGGAGUUUUGACAGAAAACCACCUUCAAGAAAUCAAAGCUCAGACCACAGGCCUCCGCAAGACCAUGCUGCUGCUGGACAUCCUGCCUUCCAGGGGCCCCAGAGCAUUUGAUACCUUCCUAGAUUCCCUCCAGGAGUUUCCCUGGGUGAGAGAGAAGCUGGAGAAGGCAAGAGAUGAAGCCACAGCUGAGCUGCCUACAGGUGACUGGAUGGCUGGCAUCCCCUCACACAUCCUCAACAGCUCCCCGUCAGAUCGGCAGAUUAACCAGCUGGCCCAGAAGCUGGGCCCGGAGUGGGAGCCCGUGGUGCUGUCCCUGGGCCUGUCCCAGACCGACAUCUACCGCUGCAAGGCCAACCAUCCCCACAACGUGCAGUCUCAGGUGGUGGAGGCCUUCGUCCGCUGGCGCCAGCGCUACGGGAAGCAGGCCACCUUCCUCAGCCUACGCCAGGGCCUCCAGGCCGUGGAGGCAGACCCCUCGCUGCUCCAGCACAUGCUGGAGUGACCCACCCCUGCCACUUGCGGGGCCGUGGGUCCCCACAUCACAGAGGCUGAACCGGACUUGACUCGCCUGUGGCUUUGCUCCUUUCAGGGACGGAAGGAGAACACAUGGAUUCUACUCAAGAUUACACACAUCUUCCACACUGGCUCAACAAUCCGUUGGCUUUAAUUGCUUGAAGACUGCAUUGUUGUGCCUGCAGUUUUGAACUGCGUGAUUGCCUUUUAACAGAAGUCCAGAAAAAAAAAAGUGCUAUCACAGUGAUGCAGGUAUCCAGCGCACAAAGCAUCCAUUCUGAUGUUGCCUGGAAACUGGACUGUGGGCUUAGCACUUCAUAAUGAUGAUGAUAAUAAUAAAAAGUCAAUUGUG